GUCUUUGUUUGUAAUUGUGUUUGUGCCGAAGUGUUACAGAGCACAUGGAGUCUGAGGCCAACUCCACCACACACUGUACAGAAACACAUGAUGAGAUGUCUCAGUUCGGUCUCUUGGAGCUGUCGGAGAGCCAGGGAGUCUUUGAGGAAGAUGAGCAGGAUGGAGCUCAUGCAAAUAAAACAAACAGUCAGAAACCAGCCAGCCAAUGUGGAUUGAAGAGUUCAGAAAGAACAUCAUCCAAUCAAGAUGGAACUUCUACAGGGUCAGAGGUCAGUUCGAAGCCUCAGGAUGGGGAAAGCAGGAAGCUCAGUAUUCAGGCUCUACUGCACUCUCAGUUAACUGACAGUCAAGAAGAUGAAGAAGAUGUGCUUGUUUCCUCUCAGGAUGACAUGUUUGGAAAGGAGAGAAAUGGCACCAAGGCAGACAGCAGUGUUACAGAGCUUGACCGAGAACAGCUGCUGACUUCCACACCUGCACAUAGUCUGCGCUUGCUUCAUCUGUCUGGACAGGGCACACUUGUACAGGAGAGUCUUUCACAGCAAUCUGUUGAUUUUGUGGCUGCCACUCAGGAGAAUUUAAGCCAAACACCUUACAUUGUCCCAAAUUCACCCACAGAAAAAGAGCAGAAUGAUAAUGAAGCUGCUGCAUCCCCAAUGGACACAUCAGUGCCCCCUGAGGACCAGCCACCAGGGAGAGAGGAGGAGCCAAUGGACAUGGACCCCUGCCCCAAACCACAACCCACAGCCUCCACUCCAGUGUCUCAGAAUUUCCCUGGAUUUGUUCUAGAGAAGAGCCUCUCUGUCCCCAGCCAGCCUGAAUUCUCACAUGACGUGUUUAUUUCCACUCCAAGUCUUGAACCUGUGAACAAUAGUCAAGGGACUGAGAGCUCAAAGAAGCUGCCUCAUCAAAACAACCCGUCAGGAUCGCCUGAGCAGACCGGCCCAGCGGAGCAGCUAAAAAAGUCUACAAGCAGCUGUUCUGCCGACAGCAGUUUUGCUCAGAAGACACAGUUGUUCAUUGUGGAGGAGGAUAGCCAAGCCACACAGAUUGUGGAAGAGGAAGGAACUGUUGGUGCAGACAAGAGCAACUCAAACCCUAAAAACCAUACCCAACAUGCAAGCAGGAAUGUUACGGACCCUGAGCCUGUUACAACAUCAAAUUCUCAAAGCCUUUCCAGGGUGCCUGACUCAGAAAGUACCGAAAAAGCCGAAGACUGUAACCCCUCUCAAAAGAUCUCACAGGGUGUUAAUGUAGGGAACCAGAACAUAAGCGCUUCUCCAGGUGCGACUCCAUCCCAGCUUGUCGGUGCAGAUUGUGUUUCAGACACCCCUAUUGCACCACAAACAGGUAAGACCACAGUUACUGACUGUUCACAAGCCUCGCUCACAAGUCCUGUCCCCGUCCCCCAACACUCUCUGUCUCAGUCAGUCUUAACUGUUUCGUCCCAAAAGAACACAGAGAAGGAAAAAGAAAGUGUUAGUCAAAGCCAGAGACUCAGUCAGCCCAUGACACACAGCCACAGUGUUGUUACAGACAGUGUUAGAAUCACUGAAGAGGAGGAGCUGAUGGAUGAAGGUGAGAUUCAGAGAGAGAUGACAGGUGAUGACACUGGGAUCAAGCUGGGCUUGUCUCAGAGCCAGGUGCUUUCUCCAGAACCCAUGGAGGAAGAGAAUGGAGAGGAGGAGAAGGAGACUUCCCAGUGUGAAACCAGCAGAGACGACCACUCCUCCAGCAAAGAGGACAGCUUCAGUGUCAUGGUGCUUGAAGAGAGCCAGAGGGUCUCUCAAGACAAAAUGAAGGCUGGAACGUCACAGGCAUUUAUAAGCUCCUCACAACCUGUGAGGGGCACUGUGCAGGGCAAACAUGAGGCCACGGCCAAGAUCUCAGGGUCUCAGCCAGUAAGAUCAACUGAGGUUUCGCCUUUACAGCUUGAGAGAGCUAAGUCCCAGAGCACACAGCCCAGUGAUGCAGGACAGCACAAAAAAACCUCGGACAGUGCUGCCAACAAAAGUCUGAGCGACAGCUCUGGAGAGCUUCCGUUUCACUUCACAUUGCCCAAACAGGGCGAGCUGAUCCGGCCAGAAGUUAGUGCAACUCCUCCACAGAUUAGUCAGCUGAAAAAGACACCGAGACACAGCACUCCUAUUGAGAUGACCUCGUUCUCAGAGCCGUCAGAGGCCAGCGUUACCAGGGAGACGACAAUGGCGGCCAGUGAGAUUUCAGUAGAGGAGAGCAGAGAGGGUGAAGAGCCAGCCGCGGUGGAGCAAGAUGGGAAACUGAGUCUCAGGAUGAAGCUGGUGACACCAGUGGAGGAGGGCAGCUCGGGAUCAGAGCAUUUCAGUCUGCAGAAACCACCAUUAACAGAGGAGGAAGGAUCUGUCUCCAAGGCUACCACUGUUACCAUGGAUGUAACCAGUCCUUCUGUGUUCAGUCGUGUUCGGGAGGCCCACAGGCAGAUCCAGGUGGAGGAUGAUGAAGAGUCCAGUUAUCCUCCGCUCAGGCAAGAAAGCCAGCUGUUCAACCCCCCCAACACUAAUGACUCUGGGCUGUCUCCCAACUGCCCAAAAGAAACCGUGGACAGCAGAGCCUCAGGCCGAGUCACUGAAGCUGUACCUCUGCAUCCUGCUGGUGCGGGAGCAAACUCUGAAUCUCUGGUCAGUGGUCUGUUCUCUCCUGCCAAAGAACAAGAGGUUCCCAGCACUUCUGACAAACCUCGAACACCUGUCCGACAGAGAGCCGUGUCACAGCAGACUAGUGUGGAUAUUAGCUCGACCACCAGCCCACACAGCAAAAGAGCUGUAUCUCAGCAGACUAGUUUUGAUCUGUCUGGACCGCAUAACCUGUCUGGAAGGGGAGAACCAAGCACACCAAUCAGAACCCAUCCUGCCCCAUCAUUGCGCAGACAUGUUCGCACCAUCCAGGAAGUCCGAACAACGGUCACACGCAUUAUUACAGAUGUCUACUAUGAAGAUGGCAGAGAGGUUGACCGCAAAGUUACCCAUGAGUCAGAGGAACCCUUGGUGGAUCGCUGCGUCCUAGACAAUGACAUCUCUCCGUCCCGUACAGGAAGCUCCAUGACAUCUGGAGACCUGGCUGAUGUCAGUUCACUCUCCUCGAAGGCCCCAUCACACCACAGCUCCAGUGGGACAAGCAGCACGGGCCUAGGUCCCAUCAGAAUGCCAGAUUUUCUAAUGCCCCCCAGCCGAGGGGCCAAGUCUGGCCGGCGGGGGGGACGGCAGCAGCCGAGGAGUCACACUGUGGUGGUGGGGUCUGAGGUGACGGAUGCACGGGGGUCUCAGGUCACCGCCCAGCUGAGCCCCCGUGGCCGUGCCCAGCGAGGAAGGCCUCCUUCCCGCGGCCUGCUGUCCAGAGGUGGCAGGACAGGACAGAGAGGUGGUGCCCAUGGCCAGGGAGCAUCAUCCUCAGAAGAGGAGCACUUUGUCCAAAGGCAUGUCCAAACACCAGGCAGCCCAGUAGAGCCCAGUGCUACAAGCCACUCUGAAUCUCUUAACACCACCUCCCCAGAUAACAGCGCUGGGUCCAGCAGUUUUGUUGGGUUGCGUGUGCUGGCCAAGUGGUCAUCCAACUCGUAUUUCUAUUCUGGGAGUAUCACUCGAGACCUGGGAGAGAACCGUUUCCGCCUUCUGUUCGAUGACAACCAGGAGUGUGAAGUACAAGGAAAAGACAUCUUGCUCUGUGACCCCAUUCCUGUAGAGACGGAAGUCACUGCCUUAACCGAGAAGGAGUACUUUAAUAUAGGUGUGGUGAAAGGUCAUAAGACUCAAGGCUCUGAGUUCCUUUACUGUGUGGAGAAAGAUGGUCAGAGUAAUUGGUACAGCAGAACAUCUGUUAUUCUCAGCAUGGAGCAAGGCAACCGCCUGAGAGAGCAGUUUGGACUGGGACCCUAUGAACCAUCUACACCCCAAGCCAUGGCCUCUGAUAUCAGCCUUGAUAACCUGGUAGAAGGAAAGCGGAGAUGCCGAGGAAACUCCAGUGGAGCAGGGACCCCUACACGCAGCUCCAGCAACAGCCCAAGAAACCCAGGGCCUUCUGGGAAACGAAAGCUCAUCAGUGGUGUGGAGGAUGAGAGGACUCCUGCAAAGAGAGGACGCAGGGGGGGAGGGGCCAGAGUGGGACAGCGUAUCGCUGCUUGUAACACAUCUGGGAGCGGAGCAGACCUGCCCCCUGACCCUAAUGAUCUGGUGGCAACACAUGGACCUCUGCCAGAAAACUCCUCUCUCUUUAUGGGGUUUGUCUUCAUGCUCACGGCAUCCUCAGAAAACGACAGAGACUCCAACCACCAGCCCAGUGAUGAGGAUGAUGAGUAUGUUCAGAGAGCACCAUACAACAAACACUAUACGGAGAGACAGCUAGAGGCAGGUGGAGGAAUGAUCCUGCUUGACUUUAAUGAAGAACAGUGUAAAGCAGCAUAUCAAAGCUUGCUGAUUGCCGACCAACACUGCCGGACCAGGAAGUACCUGCUGUGUGUGGCAGGUGGAGUUCCCUGCGUGUCUCAGAUAUGGGUGAGGGAUUGCUGCCAGGAGAAGAAGCUGCUCAACUACAGGAACUACCUCCUUCCUGCUGGUCUGGGGCCAGAUGGAGGCAUUGUGGAGUGGCAUUCUCGCUGUAACCCUUUCACCGCUCUGAAGGUGGUGCUCAUAUCGGAGGAUCGUGUGGAUUUGUGGACAUCUUUGCUUUCCAUGGGUGGUGCAGCAAAAGUUCAUCACCAUAAAGAAAAUGAAGAUCUUUCUGACAUUCCAAACGUGAAGUUUGACCUGGCAGUGACAUCGUCUGCAUGUCCAUCUGAGGAACUGAAACGUGUGGCCGCGGACAUGCCUGUUGUGUCUCUGGAGUGGCUGAUUCAGAGCCUGGUCUGUGGAAAGUGCCUCAGCUAUGACAGCAACUCUGAAUUCUGUCACAACCCUUCCACAUAAACCAUCAUUCCUCUGGUGUCUUUUAAACGUCCUCCGUGUUCUAGUGCAUGCAUUUUACUGUAAAUAGUUUUUAUAAGAAUAAAAA